AAGGCCCUUAUUAGAAGCGCCCGCAGAAACAGCUUUCUCCUUUAGCGGAAGUCGAAGAGGGAGAAGGUGGCUGUCUAAAAGGGAAAGAGAACUGGAUUUUUAGCGUCUUGCUCUGUUUAAUUUUCGUCCUUCCGAACCCUUUCGAGAUAGAAAAUAAUUUCUGCAAUCUUAUGCAAAAUGAAGCUACUUCAAAUCCUAAACAGGCUUGCAUCCUGUUUAGGGUACGGGUGUUGAAGUAGUUCAGCUAUAUAGGAAGAGCCGUGGCAGACAUUUGUGUCUUAGGAAUAAAGAUACCAACAUGUCUGCAUAUUCCUUGUUGUGUGAGAGAAUUGCUGUUGCUAAGGAGCUAAUAAAAAGAGCGGAAGACCUUUCUAAGUCCCGGAAAGGUGGCAUCGAAGGUGGAGCGAAGCUGUGCAGUAAAUUAAAAGCAGAGUUAAAAUUCUUGCACAAGGUGGAGGCUGGCAAGGUGGCCAUCAAAGAGUCUCAUCUGCAGAGUACAAACCUCACACACCUGCAAGCCGUCCUAGAGUCGGCAGAGAACCUGGAGGCCGUGGUGGGCGUCCUCCAUGUCUUUGCCUAUGAGAACCGCUUUGGUGAAAAGCAAAGCUUGGUGGUGGAUGUCGUUGCAAACAGUGGCCACACCUGGGUGAAGGCAGUUGGCCGAAAGGCCGAAGCCUUGCACAACAUCUGGCUGGGGAGAGGCCAGUAUGGAGACAAGAGCAUCAUCGAGCAGGCGGAAGACUUCCUGCAAGCCAGUCGCCAGCAGCCUGUGCAGUACAGCAACCCACACAUUAUCUUUGCUUUCUACAAUGGGGUGUCCUGCCCCAUGGCAGAGAGGUUGCAAGAGAUGGGCAUAUCGGUGCGUGGGGACAUUGUUGCUGUGAACGUAUUGAUGGAACCCACUGACAAAGGUCUCCAGUCAAGCUCUGGUGAGUCCGAUGAAGAAAGUGGUGAGCAUCUGCACGUAACUAAAGUGGAUCGGGGUAAUCUGGUCGCCAGUGUGGCUUUUCCUGCCGGAAUCAGGGUGGACUUGUGCAACAGAGUUAACUUGGAUAUUACUACGUUGAUUACGUACGUCUCUGCCCUUAGCUACGGAGGCUGUCACUUCAUCUUCAAGGAGAAAGUCUUAACGGAGCAGGCCGUACAGGAGAGAGAGGAGAGCGUUCUCCCAUCCCUGGAGGAAUUCAUGAAGGGCAAGGAGCUCUUUGCUUGUGAAUCUGCAGUCAGAGACUUCCAAGUCAUUUUAGAAACUUUGGGAGGGCCUGGGGAGAAAAACAGGGCCGCGUUACUCCUGGAAAGGGUCAAUGUGGUGCCGGAUCAACCCUCUGAGCGUGCCUUACAGCUAGUCCUCAGUUCCAAAAUCAAUAGCCGCUCACUAACCAUCUUUGGGACAGGGGAUACUUUGAAGGCUGUUACCAUGACUGCAAACAGUGGCUUUGUCAGGGCAGCCGCCAACCAAGGAGUCAAGUUCAGCGUGUUCAUUCAUCAGCCAAGAGCAUUGACAGAAAGCAAAGAAUCUUCUGCCACACCUUUACCUAGGCACUGACUGAGUUCUAAUAGCGCACUCCGAUUGUCAGUUGCCGUUAACACUCUAUAAGCCAAUAGGAUAGCUCUUCCAAAAUAUUGUUUUAUUUACACCAGCUCUUGAGGCAAUUUUGGAGCUAAACAUUAACGAUUACCAGUACAGGCAAAAGUGGAAUGAAGUGAUGUAAGGUAUGCAGGGCCGCUGGCAAAAAUGGCAAGCCUGCAUUGAGUUUCUCACCCUGCCCCUCUAUGACAUGUAGUACAACUCACCCCCAAUGGCCUGACAUUGUUGGUCACCAUUGCCAAGGAAUUGCAAGGUACAUUAAUGUCUAGUACAACUUGCGCCACAUCCUGACAUGGAUGGAGGAAAAAGGGGUGACGGUGGAGAUAAAAGUGACUCCUCAUGUCUUUCAAAGUCUCUUUUCCAUCUAAAGAUAAGCACAAAUGAAUCUCUGUUUCAGUUGAGCAAAAUGCUUUGGAAUGCUUAGGUGGAAUUAUGCCCCAGCAUAUUGGGUGUGGCUCAGAGCUGUGACUGUUCCAGGAUCUAGGUUGGAGUGAAAAAUGUAGAAAGAUGGGGCUCGAUGCCUAAGUCAGAAUAGUGGCAGAGAGUGCCAAAGUCAUGAUCCAGUCUAAACUGAGUACUUGGAAAUUCCAUUGAUCUUUAAAUGGGGCAAGCAUUCAGUACAAUCCUGAACAGAGUUAAGAGCCUUCUAAGGUCAUUAGUCUUAGAAUGGAACAAAGUUUGAGUCCAGUAGUACCUUAAGACCAACAAAAUUUAAUUCUGGGCAUAAGCUUUUGUGUGCGUGCAUGCUUCAUCAGAUACUUUUAAGACCAGCAAGCAUGCACGUGAAAGCUUAUGCCGAGAAAUAACCUUUGUUGGUCUUAAAGGUGCCACUGUACUCAAAUUUUGUUCUUUUGCUUCAGCCCAGCAUGGCAACCUACCUGACUCUGGCCUUUGAAUGGUGUCACUCUAAGGAUUGCACUGUGAGGUCUGUGCUUUUAGAUCUCCAGUAAAAAUUGCUGAGUCACUUAACUGGGGUCAAAUUGUAUUGUUUGUGCACUCUUUUCAGUUUGGGGAUUCUACUGUUAAUUUAUUUCAUUUCAUUUGAGAUAAUUUUGUUGUUAACAGUGCAACAUAUAAUUAAAAUGUCUCUUCAAAAAAAAA